CGAUUAUCACCUAAUCCAUAGAGAAGACUAAUGAUACUUCAACAAGGAAAUAGUAAACAAGAAACCAAAGUAAAAAAUUCGAAUUUACUGCAGAAACCUAAAUUUAUUAUGAGGUCAAUAUAGGGGACAAGCCGUAUAUGCGAAAAUUGUUGUUCACUGUUGCCUUCCUAGUAUUAUCAUUAAUUGCAGUCAUGGCUUGGAGAUCCCAUGGAAAGACUAAUGUGGAAAUGGUUAGGAACUUGAGAGCAAAUGGCAUCAUAAAAAGUGACCAAGUGGAAAAUGCAAUGCUCUCAGUCGAUCGUUGUCAUUAUUCAAAAAACAAUGCUUACAUGGAUGCCCCACAGAGUAUUGGAUAUGGGGUUACCAUUAGUGCACCUCAUAUGCAUGCUCAUGCAUUGGAGCUAUUAAAACAUCAGUUGAUUAAUGGUACAAGAGCCUUAGAUGUGGGUUCUGGUAGUGGUUAUCUAACUGCAUGUAUGGCUCUCAUGUUGGGUGAUAAAGGUGUUGCUGUGGGAAUAGAUCACAUUUCAGAAUUAGUUGAAAUGUCUAGACUGAACAUCAUGAAGGAUAACCCACAGUUACUUGAAUCGGAAAGAGUUAAACUUGUUACUGGGGAUGGAAGGAAGGGAUAUCCUGAAAUGGCUCCAUAUGAUGCAAUUCAUGUAGGAGCUGCGGCACCUACACUUCCCGAAGAUUUAGUUUCUCAGCUGAAGGUUGGUGGCAGAUUGAUUAUUCCUGUAGGACCAUCAGGGGGUGAUCAACAAUUGGAGCAAAUAGAUAAGUUGGAAGAUGGUUCAAUAUCAAGGAAAAUUUUGAUGGGAGUUGUCUAUGUACCCCUUACUGAUAAAUCUAGGCAAUGGCCCCGCAUAAAUUGACUUGUAACAACUUUGGUUUUAUUUUUGUUACUUAUUCUUAUGUUGAAACUGCAAAAAAUUGUUGUGAAUUGACUGUACCCAGACUUGUAGAGUGUGUAAUGUUUAUUUAAAUUUUAUUAGUUUCAUCUAGUUUGAUUCAGGUUUGUUCUAUUUUUGUUUUAUAAAUAUGCUUGGAAAAAAAGGUUUUUUUAAUGGA